AUGACGGAAAAUCAUACAGAGGCCAACGCCUCAACCACUGCGAAAUCCCCCAUUGAGCGCAAGCCCGUGAGAGGCAUCCCUCCUGAGAGUCCUUCUGUCGAACGAACCCCGACUCUUCCUCCACGACCAGCGCAAGACUCUGACGAAAAGACCCCUGAAGCUCCAAAAUGCGAUACUUGCUCUGUACCUAAAAAGGCUGGUUCUACAAGAAGCAAAUCUCCUCCUACACCGAUCAAGGUCGACAAGACGCAGCCCGAAGAUUUUGAAGGCGAACUUGCGACCAACAACGACCUACCCUCCGCCGAAACCCUCAAGAAGAUCGAAAACUACAUCGUUCUCGACAGACACGGAAAAUCACACCCUUUCAAGACCCUUUAUACAGGUAGCAACGUUGCACGACGCGUGCUCAUCAUCUUCGUUAGACAUUUCUUCUGUGGCAACUGCCAAGAGUUUCUGCGCUCUUUGUCCGAUGCUAUCACUCCUGAAGCUCUCUUGCGCCUACCAGUGAGCACAUUCAUUGCGGUUAUUGGGUGUGGUGAUCCUGCGCUCAUUGAUAUGUAUGUCAAUGAGACGGGAUGUCGCUUUCCCGUGUAUACCGAUCCGACGAGGUCCCUUUUCGAUGCCCUUGGCAUGUCAAAGACGCUGCAACUAGGCACCAAGCCAGCCUACAUGCGCCGAAGCAUGAUGCACAGCAUUGUUGGCAGCAUUGUCCAAGGCGUGAAGCAAAUCCCAACCGGAAACGUUCUCAAGAUGGGCGACCAGCGUCAAGUCGGCGGCGAGUUCCUCUUUGAGCCACGAGACAUCCUCACACCCAUCUCAACACCACGAGACGAAAAGCCGAAGCCCAUUAGCGCAUUUGAAGAAGCAGAAGAACGAGGCCCAGACCACGAUGGAAACGAGGAGAAGAGAGUCACAUGGUGCCAUCGCAUGAAGACGACGCGCGAUCACGCUGAGAUUCCUGAGCUCAUUGAAGUGCUGGGUCUAGACCAGACCGCUACCGCUGGACGGGACGUGAGUCGUGCCUCGAUCACUUCAGCGCGCAAGGGCAAGGGGCAUAGCAUGGCGCAAGAGAUUCGCAAGCUGAGCGCGGAACGAUCUAGGACAUCGAACGAAACAUGA